GGACCACUUCAUUUGUAGGUCAACAAGACAUUCUACUCUUGAAGCCUGAGUUGUACAGGCUGCUGGAUAAUGCAGUGAGGUUUUGAUGGUGAUGCCAAGGAUGCUGUGAGCUCUGAAUGGCCAUUUAGACUUCUAUUAUAGCAACAGACUAACAACUCCACAGUGAGAGGAGAGAAAUACUCACAGUAGAGUGCAGGCGUUAGAACACACUGCUGUUUGCUAUGUCCUGACAUGACAUUAGCUUAUCAUACUCUCAUUAUCCCUCUCCCAAGCCUGGAAGAACAGCCUCUCACUGUCUUAACUCUAAACAGUAAAGCUCACCAGCACGUCAUCUCACUGCCAGACUUCUCACCUGUACAACAGCUCAACUCUAUGUGGUCAGAUCAGCUGGUCACUGAUGUUUAUUCAUUGUGCUGUGGAGCUUCAGAGGAGACAAGACAUUACCUACUGUACGAGUUUCUAGAUGAGACAUGACUGUUUAUCUGUGUGCUAAGAAGCCAGAAGACACAGAAACCUGAGAGUAGCUGCAGUGAGCAGGAAGUGUUCAUGGUGCAUCUGAUUCUGUAGGCGUGCAGCGCUGCACAGAGGAAAACCACCAGAUGUGUCUGUGGUCGUCCAGUGGAAAGUGCAGCUACCAGAAAUGUGUGUUUGUUUAUGUCAGUGUGGUGGAGAGUAGUGAGUUUCUCAGUACCUCUGUAGCCCCGUUUAUACAUGGUGCUAUCAUGUCCUUUGUCCUGAUCUUCUUUAUAUCAAGGUAUAAUGUGGAGGUCUAAUGUUCAGAAUGAACAGUGGAGGGUGGAGGUAUGGUCACCCAAUACCUCCUCCAGCUCUGAAUAGGAUAGGUACAGUCAUUAUUUACAAAUUAUUUACAAGUAUGGCGAGCUGCUAACUUACUGUUGUGAAUGUGAAGAAUUGAAAAGGCGAAUGCCGACAAAAAUGUGGUAAAAUGUGGCUGUUUGAAAGGGGACCAUAUAAACAUUGCCCAAUUAUUUUUUCAGGUAACAUAACGCAAAACCUAUGUGAAUCAGGUAUUUGUCUCUCUCCCUCUUUCUCUCUCUCUGACCCAUUGAACAAGCUCAGUUGAGAAACUGAAUGCCAACUAAUCACUCUCUCUCUCUUCCCCCUCCUCUCCCUCUCCACAGCUAAAACCACCAAAACAUCUCAAAUGGGGAAACAGAACAGCAAACUCCGCCCAGAGGUGAUGCAGGACUUGCUGGAGAGCACGGACUUCACCGAAGCUGAGAUCCAGGAGUGGUACAAGGGCUUCCUGAAGGACUGCCCCAGCGGAGCCCUCUCCAUGGAGGAGUUCAAGAAGAUCUACGGUAACUUCUUCCCCUACGGAGACGCGUCCAAGUUCGCCGAGCACGUCUUCCGCACCUUCGACGCCAACGGGGACGGGACCAUAGACUUCCGGGAGUUCAUCAUCGCUCUGAGCGUCACGUCACGGGGAAAGCUGGAGCAGAAACUUAAGUGGGCCUUCAGCAUGUACGACCUGGACGGGAACGGAUACAUCAGCAAGGCAGAGAUGCUGGAGAUCGUACAGGCGAUCUACAAGAUGGUUUCCUCUGUCAUGAAAAUGCCAGAGGAUGAGUCGACACCUGAGAAACGCACAGACAAGAUCUUCAGACAGAUGGACACAAAUCGUGAUGGUAAACUGUCUCUGGAGGAGUUUGUUGAGGGAGCAAAGAACGACCUGUCCAUCGUGCGACUGCUGCAGUGUGAUCCCAGCAGCGCAGGGCAGUAGAAGAACCGUCUUCAAUCAUCCAGUAUUAUUUAUUCAGGUCAUUUCAAAACAUUCUCCUUCAUUCACCCAGUGGUGACUGUGCACAACAGAUCAACAUCGAUCAGAUCACCAUCAGAUCACCAAGCUGUCAUCAAGGCAAAGGGUGGCUACUUUGAAGAAUCUCAAAUAUAACAUAUGUUUUAACUUGUUUAACACUUUUCUUUGGUUACUACAUGAUUCCAUGUGUGUUAUUUCAUAGUUUUGAUGUCUUCACUAUUAUUCUACAAUGUAAAAAAUAGUAAAAAUAAAGAAAAACCCUUGAAUGAGUAGGUGUGUC